AUGGUUAUUGCUAGAAAUGAAAAUGAACAAAUAUUAAUUGAACCAUCUAUAAACUCUGUUAGAAUAUCGAUCAAAAUAAAACAAGCUGAUGAAAUUGAACAAAUAUUAGUCCAUAAAUUUACAAGAUUUUUAACACAAAGAGCUGAACAUUUCUUUAUUUUAAGAAGAGUUCCAAUUCAAGGCUAUGAUAUCUCAUUCUUGAUUACAAAUUUCCAUACUGAAAAGAUGUUGAAACAUAAAUUAGUUGAUUUUAUUAUUGAAUUCAUGGAAGAUGUUGAUAGGGAAAUCAGUGAAAUGAAAUUAUUCUUAAAUGCAAGAGCUAGAUUUGUUGCUGAAGCUUAUUUAACUCCAUUUGAUUAG